UGUCACUUUAUUCCCACAAACAGAGGGUCUUCGGUUCGAACUAGCGCAUGGCUAUAAUUACAACAACGCAACAGCACGGCCGCCAUGGAAAGUUUUCGGAGAAAGUAGGGACUAGGGAGCAAGCAGAGAGAGCCGAAUAAGACCCAAUGGCCAAUGGGCGCCAGCUGAAUUACUUGGCAAUGGCAAGUGCUUCUUAUUAGUGCCAUUACGCCUAACAAUUACUGAACAAAUACCCAACACUUGGACAUUCAGAGUAUCGUGAUUCGGCACAACCCCCCAAUUCCCAGAAAACAUGGUCACGCUUUUGGUGGCUACGACCAGAGAUCCGGCGUCGAUCAACCCGGCAAACGCCCUGCUAGCCAUGCCGGAUCCCUCCAAUUGGGGGCCGGGCCCUUCGUUGAGCGACGAAAUUCAGAGCUUCAGGUUCGGCGACGUCAGGCUGCUCCGUCACGGCAAAAGCAUCGUGGAGGAGGAUGAUCUGGACCUCCGGUGGCAGGACGCCACUGGCGAGGCCGUCGACGAGGUCAUCUUCUUCAGCAAACACACCGCCGUCUCCAAUCGCCCCGCCCUCACCAUUCACCCAAUUGGGGUGCCGCAUUUGGCAGAAGGUGAUGUUCCGCCGCAGGGCGGGAAGCCGGGGUGGGCGGCGCCGCCUGAUCCGAGGAUGGGACCUUGGCUGAGACUGCUAAAGAGAAUCGCCGAGUCUCGUAAUCUGCUGCCUGAAUUCGAGGUUACUUUGGAAGCUACCCAUCAUGGGCCAAUAACCAGUAAGCCAACCAUGUUCGUUGAAAUUGGCAGUACAGAAGAGUACUGGAAGAGACAGGAUGCUGCAGAAGCCAUUGCUCAAUUAGUUUUUGAAGGGCUCGGACUUGGAUCAGGUGCUGCAGUAGGAACCUGGAACAUUGACCACAACAAGAACAAAAGGGUACUUCUUGGAGUAGGUGGUGGACAUUAUGCACCUCGACAUAUGGACAUAGUUAUGAAAGGCGAUGUCUGGGUGGCUCACCUGCUCUCCGGGUAUGCUCUACCCAUGGAAGAUCCAAACCAAAACAAAGGAGGAGGAGCAAGCACGAAAGACAUUGGAGGCACCUGGAAACAGUCUAUUAAAGCUGCAUUUGAAGCUACUAGGUUAGCUUUCCCCGGUGGCGAAAUUCUGGCCCAUCUUGAUCACAAGAGUUUCAAGAGUUGGCAGAAGAAUGCCAUAACGGCAUUCCUAGGAGAGCUGGACGUAAAAGUAGGGAAACCAAAUGAUUUUUGUUGAUGCUGGACAUGGUGAACAGAACAUGCUACACAUUGAGCUCCGGUGAUGUAGAAGGCAAAUACCGUUGCGUGUAUCUCGACUACAUUCGAUAACCAUCCAAAACCUAUCUUUGUGUUUUUUACUCUGAAUGGUGAUUUAAGAGUCAGUUGAAUUUGUUUCAUUUGUACGAUGAGCACAUAUAUUAGGUCAUCUUGACACACAUAUCCCUCACUUCUUCUUCUGUUGUCUCUGUGUGAACAGAAUUAGGAAUGUUGUAUGCAGUCAUC